UUGCCCUUCCUUUUAUUUCCAGGAGGUUCAAGUUCAUUAGGAGGGAGAAACACAUCCAAAGAAGUAGAAGAGAAGACGGUGGUCGGUUUCAAGGAUGAGGUAGCGACAUUAAUGGGAAAGCUUCAUGAUAGUGGAGAGGGUGGAAGGCUGGAGAUUAUAUCAAUCAUCGGCGCUGGUGGAGGUGGCAAAACCACGUUGGCCAGAGAAGUGUAUGAUCAUCGUUUGACGUCGCACAAGUUUGAAAUUCGUGCAUGGGCCAAUGUUUCUCAAGACUAUCACAAGACCAUGAAGAGGGAUUUGUUGAUUAGUAUUCUGGAAUCAGCUUCCUCAGGAAAACAAGAAGGUUACGGUGAGUUGGGAGAAAAGGUAUAUAAAUGCUUGCAGGGUAAAAAAUAUCUCAUUGUCAUGGAUGAUAUAUGGGACAUUGAGGCUUGGAAUGAUAUCCAAAGAUCAUUUCCUAGGGAAUGCAAGGGGAGUAAAGUGUUGUUAACUAGUCGAUUAUGUGUUCAACCAGAUAGCGUCCCCUACGUCUCUCAUUUUUUGGAUCCCUUACCAAAAAGUUGCAGUUGGGAGUUAUUACAAAAGAAGGUAUUCGGGAAGAAACAAUGCCCACCGGAGUUGGUGGACAUCGGUAAGCAAAUGGCAGAAAAAUGUAAAGGACUACCACUCGCGGUUAUCGCAAUAGCUGGCAUUCUGGCAACGGAAGACAAGACACUCGACGUGUGGGAGAAAGUUGGCAAAAAUUUAAGUUCAAUCAUUGCGAAAAGUUCACAGGGUUGCAUGGAGAUACUAGAACUAAGUUACAAUCACCUGCCUCUUCAUUUAAAAGCGUGUUUUCUUUACAUUGGAGGACACCCCGAAGAUUCUAUAAUCCCCGUACGCGACUUGAUAUGGUUAUGGAUUGCAGAGGGAUUUAUUCAGCAAAGUGAUGGGGGAAAUAGCUUGGAGGCCAUAGCACAAGAUUACUUGAUCGGUCUUAUUGAUAGAAAUCUCGUAAUGGUAGCUACGAAAAGUAAAUCCCACGGAGGAAUUAAAGCAUGCCGUAUCCAUGAUCUUCUGCGUGAAUUAUGCUUGAAAAAAGCAGAGGAGGAUAAUUUUCUUGUGCAAAAUUACAGGGAUGAUUCUUUUUCAUCUUCUGCUACAAAUAAGCAUCGACGCCUCUUCGUUGGCCGUCAGUUCUUUCCUAAGCUUUCCCCAAGGCCUCGUGCUCGAAACAUUCGAUCUUUUCUGUACUUCUCCUUGCCAAACUCCUCACGUUCAAGGCUUGAACUGAUUCAGUCAUUCUUUGUUGAAAACUUCAAACUUCUCAGGGUGUUGCAUUUAAUAUCCGAUCCAAGCGUAGGAGAAAUAGAAAUAAGAGAUCUAGUUCAUUCGAGAUACUUAGCACUCACGUUAUUAUACCCGCGUGCACCGAAUUGUUUUGACUACCUCUCGAACCUAGAAACCCUUAACCUCCAAGUUUCAUUCGGGGAGAAGAUUUCGUUGCCUCGCGAUAUAGUUAAGAUGGUUAAGCUGAGGCAUCUAUAUACUAAAAGGGGGAUAUUCAAACAUCAUCAUGUUUUCAAUUAUGAUGAAGAGGUGGGGAUGUUGGAUAGCUUACAGACCUUGCACCGAAUGUGUAUGUGUGAGCAUUGCCUACGUUUGUUGGAAAGGACUCCCAAUCUAAGGAAGCUAGGACUUUACAAACUUUUCGGACUAGGAAAUUUGUUGGACCUAGAGUUCUUAAAAUGCCUUGAGAUACUCCAUGUUGAUUGCUGGCAGGUUCGGCUGAAGCUUCCUCCGACUCUAACGCAACUAACUUUGAACCGUACGUACAUGAAGUGGGAGGAGCUGUCAAUAAUCCUCCAAACCCUGCCGAGCCUUGAGGUUCUCAAAUUAUUAAACAAAGCCUGUAUGGGACCAGUUUGGAACACAAGUGAACUUGAGGAGGGGUUCUCUCAACUCAAGUACUUGAAGUUUGAAUAUCUGAACAUCAAGGAGUGGAAUGCUACCGAAGAUCAAUUUCCGAGACUUGAAGUCUUAGUAAUCCUAUCAUGCAAAAAAUUGAAGCGCAUUCCGAUUGAUUUUGCUAAUCAAAACGAACUUCGCGAAAUUGAUAUAAGUUAUUCCCGUCCCUCUCUAGAGGAAUCGGCCAGGGAGAUUCAGGAAAAGCAAAGAAAUACAAAAGGUGAUGAUGAUUGCGUAAAUACUACCUUCUACUGUAACGUUGUUGAUGAUGAUGAUGAUGAUCCAUCAGAUGAUGAUGAUGAUACAAUUUCUACGAUAUUGACGAUGAUGAAUCAGAUGAUGAUGUUGAAUCAAGGUAUCAGAUGAUGAUGAUGAGUCGGGUCAGAAAGUGGGGCGUUGGGACGUGGAGGUGAUUUUCAGUAGGGGUUGUGGAAAUGGAGCCACCGUGUGUAUAAUACUACUCCAGUGGAGAAAUGGUUUUCCUGCAGUUACUAUUAAUGGAGGUUUGCAGUUUACGAAAUCCCUUUUGUGUUUGUAAGUUUUAUUUUGCCUUGUCUAUUUUGACCUUGGUUUAGUUUGUUUAUUGCCAUAUAUAGCUGAUUUGUCAUUCAA